GCUCGUUGGAAGCCCAUCCAGCCCUAUCCCACUUCCACCGCUCGUCCAGCCUCUAGCCACGCUUCCUCUCCCCACGCCGUGGCCAUGGCCGUGGCCGCCGCCUGGCUCCCCCCUACCGCCGCCCGCCGGAGCAGCUUAUCCUCGCUGCGCUCUCCAUUCGUAGCGCCUAUCUCCAUCCACGUGCCACGGCGGGCGCCGCCUCCUUGUCCCAGUCCCAAUCCCAUCCCUCGAAGGUCGCGCCUCGUCGUCGCAUCCGCGCAGUUCGACUUCGCCAGAGCUGUUCAAACAGCAUGGAGGGUUGGUACUGAUGCUGUGGAGGCAGGGAGUAAUUUUGUCCCAGGUUCAGUUCCACGGCCAAUCGCUAGGAUAGGUGUUACUUUUGCUGCUGUGUCGGUUGCCCUUUUCCUUCUCAAAUCCGUUGUCUCCACUGCAUUAUUUGUGCUGGCUAUGAUGGGGCUUAUAUAUCUUGGCUUCCUGGCUAUGAACCCAAAGGAGGCCUCUGGCUCUAGGAUGGAUGAAACAGGUGGCAACCCAUCGGAAGAUCCUGUUGAAGAGGCCCGGCGCAUAAUGGAGAAAUACAAGUAAUGAACCUGAGCAAGGGUGUAUCCGCAGAGGUAUGAUUUGUCAGUAGAGUAUCAUCCUUGAGUGAGGUAUGGGUGGGUGGAUCAUAUUUUAGCACACUGCACUCAGUGAUUUGAUACAUGUAAAUAUAUAGUUGUACUGUUGGAAUCAGUUCUUGGGCAAUAGUGUUGAGAGUGGUUCAUCAACUGUGAACUCAUGAACUGCAGCAAAUCUACGAAUGCUAACAGCAAUUUCAUUAUUUGUAGUACUAA